CAAAAUAAUCCCAGUCUUGAUCCGCAAUUGAUCGGAACUCAUUCGUUUGUUCAAUCUCUGUAAUUUACAGUCAAGACACGCAGUCAACAUCUCCUCAAAGGCUACUCAUAGUCCAGGUAAUCUCUCGUUUGUCGAUUGCGGUUCAACGGUCGUUCGUCAAUCGUCCGUUAUCUGAUUCGAGCCAUGAUCAUAAACACUGACUUUUGAUUUAGUUCUCAUAGAUCUCUUCUGGAUGUACGGCAAUGUCGACUACUGCAACAGACCUCGCCGAUGAGGCAGCGAGUGACCAGGUCAAGCUACGGCCUGUAGUUUCCUCCUACGUCGACAUCACCGACAGAUUCACAGCCGAGGCAGCAAAGAUCAUGCCCGGCCAGCUCGUCAUGAUGGAGUCUUUUGAGCUUGUGAAUUCAAUCAACGCUCUCGAGAUCAUGGACCCGAAAAUGGAUACGGGGGUCUUGAACCUGAGAUCAAACGACGCGAACUUUGAUGUCUCGGCUCCGAGAUCGCCUCAGGAGAUCUUGUAUAUCAUGGACGAGCUGUUUGCUUUGGAGAUGUCGUGGUGUACCGGAUGUGCGCUCAGCCAGACCAUAUACACGUGUCUAUACAUUGAACACCUUCUCAACAACUUCAAUGGAGUUCAAGAAAGCCUUCAUUUCGGCACUAGAGCGAGUGAUCCCCCAUCUAUAGACCAGAACGACCUCGACCAGUUUCUGCUGCACCAUGCUCUGCGGUCCUAUGCAAUCGGAGUCAUCAAGACCUGUGACCUGAUGAGACGGCAGUUGCAAUGUAAAGGCAUUUUCGAGGAAGAAGACGCAGUCACUGAAACCUACGGACUCGAUCUUCUGCAAUUUGUAUCGCCUGGGUAUAUUCUAGCUGUAAUCGAAGCGGCGGCGUUCCAAAUCGAAUGCAAGACGUCGUCCUCGGACACGACUCAACAGGUUUUAACCGGCAUCGCACAGCGACUGAAUCUACGAGCUACAACCCUACGAACGAUGAUGCUCGCCGAAGCGCCGCCUGCGAUGCUGCAGCAGUUAUACUCUGCCUGUAUUCAAAUGGCAGACACGCUUUCUGAAACGCACGAGCUAGCGGUCGCCGUCCCAACUGCGUUUAGUAUGGCGGUGCAAGGAAGACUUGAAUGCGGUAUGCCGCCCCGCCCGCUUCUUGAGAUGCCGUUCGCCAAAGCUGUCGAGCUUUAUCAGCAACUGCAGACCGGCAUGAGCGAUCUGCUGCGGAUUCAUGAGUAUGGGAGCAUAGGUGAUAUCGUCUCUUACUUUGAGCACUUUGCGCUCCGACUCCCAGACGAGCUGCCAUACGUGCGGUCGCAGCUGCAUCAGCAGUAUCUCAAAGACGGGCGAUUGCUAGGCAAAACAACCAUGCGCGAGGCUGUGAUUUCAGACAUCACAGACUUGUGCAGCCCGAUGCCAUCCCUCUUUGAAAUCCCAAGCUCGCAUCCCGCCUAUGCGGCUUUAGAAGAUUUCUACGUGCAGGCCGAGCGCUGCUUCGAGAGCUAUCUGACCGUCAUGAGCCAUAACAAAUGCCGUCUCCGGCAACGGCUAUGCGGUCUGAUUCUUGACUGGAACGCGCUGCAAGCCGUGGCCGAGACGAUCGAGUCUUCUCCCGAGAUGGUGCAAUUCUCCCUGGUGCUGCAGGGAAAUCCCGAUGAUCCGAGCGGCGGACUGCAUCCACUCCCGUUAUCGUCUUGGGCGUACUAUCGGAAACUGAAGAUGAUGGUCUGGAUCGUGUUUUUGGGGUUCGAGCUUGAUAUCUACAAGUUGGAUGAGUGGCCGCUGAUGCUGUGGUAUGUGGACUACUUACUCGGCAUCACUGACACGCAUUUCAAACGGCUCGAAACAGUAGUCGAGAGCAUGACCGCGCUGCACCAGCAGCAGCAGCAGCAGCAAAACACCGCCGCUAAAAAGAACCGCAAGAAAAAGCAGCCGCAGCAGAGCGCGCAGAAACUCGAUUAUAUAAACAUAGAAGCCGUCCCGCGAACGACGAUGCUGCUAACGAGGCUACGUGCCGAGACCGAGAUCUUUCGAGAAAUAUGUCGCGGGUACCUGUGUCUUGUCGCGGUGUUGACCUUGGCUGGCAUCGUUAAUCCCCCACGCGGAGCUCAGACAUCGCCGUCGUCGUCGGCGCUGAGGACGAGUCCGGAGUUGCUGUACAGGAUCCGGUUGAAGCCGUUUGGACCGAUUGUCGCACCUGAGGUGCCGCCUUAUGAGACUUAUCUGCAACUAAGCGAUCUCAACAACUGGACCAUCCCCGCGCUGCUGGAUAACGCGCAAAUGUCACUAAACGGCGCCCAGAAGAUGGUCAGCCAACUGAACAAGCUGACGAGGCCCGAACAUCUCGUGAACGCGAAACUGGUCGGCGAGAGUAUGACUAAAACAAGACUGCUGCUGCUCCGCUCGUGCAUCGGGAUGAAUGUCUCGAUCAUGCGGUUGCGGCAGAUGAAGCUUGUGCAGAGCGAUGGAGGAGAGAGGGAGGUGAAGAGGAAGGUGAAGGUGACGAUCGAGCAGGAGAAUUACCAUCCGUUUUUCCCGGUGUUGGUCUUUGCUGAGAACGAGCAGUAAAUGAUAUAAUACCUUAUGAAGCUCACUUAGAAUAGAUUUUAAAAUACA